UGAGAUGUAAUUUAACAAUGUAAUGUUAUGACUUGCACCACCGAAUGUAAUGGCAAUGGUGAGAACUACAGAAGAGAUCAAAUUAAAGAAGUGGUAGAUUUCGAAGAACCUCAGUAGUUUUUUCUCUCUUUUUCUCCCAUUUCUGUGUGUAUGUGUCUACCAUAGAAACAGUUGCUUUUUGUUCUAUGGUUGCUAUGGUACACUAUAGGAGCAAAACAUGCUGUUUUUAUUUGGCAAAUCUGUAUUUGAUUCAAAAUGUUUGGGGUUUUUUUUAUUUGUGGUUUCUCUGCUCACCUGUUUCACAAUUAAUCAAGAAUAUCACAAAGGUGAAGAUGCAAACACUUAACCCACUGGGCAAUUCAGCUGAGAUGGAUUCAACAACAAAUCCUGGACUUGCAAAUAAACAGAGGUUAGGAAAGACUUUAGUCAAAAAUUCAACUUCAAACAAAGUUGAAACAGCACCUAUCUGAUUCAGUCUCUAAAUAUGAACAUCAUGCUUCCCAUACAGUACAGUAGGUAUUACUUAUUGCAGGGCAGUGGUAUUGGAUUGUAUUAUAUUGUACAGGUGCUUGAGUUACCCCCUGUACAUGUUUGGGCUAAUUAAGCUGAUAAUGAAGAACUGGUUCCAGUGUAAGCUCAUGUGAAUAUCUGACGAUCCACACGUUUGACGGGAGAGUUGUCACCAGAAUCAGCGUUGGUACACAGACUGACUGGAGACAAGAGGAAGAGUGCAGUCAAGACUAUAAAUACCCAAACCAAGAAACAUCGAAAGCUCCUCAAAAGAAUGUGGGGUUGACAUCUGAGCAGAUGAGCGUGUUACGGUGGGGUAAAUACCCAGAAGAUGGUUUACGACGACAAACUCACAAUGAGAGCUUCCCUAAAAACAUGAAGUCUGAGUUGGAGAUAUCCCCAGAUAAUGAAGUGUUGGAUUCACUCAGCAAGGAAACUCCCCAAACUCCUGCAGCCUGUCAAGGUGAAACUGAGGAGUCUUUAACUAAUCUGGACAAGAUACCAACCUCAAGUGGAUCAGAAUCAUCAGAGGAGUCGCUGCAGACUGUGUCGAACAUUUACUGUGUGCACUGCCAGCAGCUGAAGAAACCGCCACUGACCAGUGAUCAGAUAGCUAACAGCAUUGACCCAAAAGAGUUUUUCUGCUGUGAGAAGGCAUGGAAAUUAUCAGAGAUUUUGCAGAAGGGUGCAGCGGUUAUCACUGAAGAAACCGUGACUGAUAUGGACCCAGCGAUGCAGACAGAUCAAAGGUUGAAAGGUUUGGAAUUUGAAAGGAGCUCAGAUCAUCAGACACCUAAAGCAGGACACACACAACAAGUAUCUGCCACCCUACACAAUCAACUCUCAGAUGAUGCUUGGACUGCAGAGAAGGACAUUUCAUUCCCUGAAGUAGAAAUCAUGGAUUCUGAAAACACUUUCUCUUUCAAAGUAGGACAUGCUGGACAGAAGAGGACGACAACGCUUGUCAAACACUACAACAAUGGUCAAACAUUCAGUGUGAUUUCACCAGAUGGAACCGGGCAGGUGUGCUAUCCUUCUGGAAGGCUCGCUAUUCUUGUAUCUGCUGCACAAUCAGCUGACUGGUCGUGUGUGGUGGUCCUGGAAGACAAACAUAUGCAGCCUCGCAUACAGGCAGUUUUCACCACCAGAGGACAGGGUACCUGUUAUCACAACAAUGGCUGUAUUUGGGUGAAUCUGACUCCAUUGGGAGGCACCUACUGCAGUGACACAGGAGAUUUGAAGAAACACUGGAGGUGGCUGGACAAUAAGCAUCAUGAUCAUGUUCCACCCUGGCAGCCCCUCUACCUGACACUGAGCCCUCACCUCAACAUCCGCAUCCAAUCCCAAGAGCACAUCUGCAUCGCUUUUACCUCUGGCGAACACAGCGUACGGCUUAAUGUAGGGACAAAAGUGAAACUGAAGCAAGGCAAAGGUCUAACACUGCCGGGGCCUGACACGCUUCAGAGUUAUCUGCAGCAGAAGAGUGCAGAGAUCAAUGUCCUGCUCCAGAACAUCCAGUCCCUCAUCACCUAUCAAAAGACUGUCAGUCCACGGAAGGUCAAGCCCAAGCAAAGCCUCCUCUCACAGAUGGAAAGACGGCGGCUGCCAAUGAAACAGCAACAGUCUGCCAAGAAGACCCCCUAAAGCUGAUGAUGUCCUUGAAUGGCAGUUUCUCAUUUGUGUGAAGUGACUCGUACUGUAGCGUUCCGAGCAUAUGAUUUCAAUGACAAAGUGCUUUCUAGAAAUAAAACCAAAGAACAUCAUUAACCUUUUUUUAAUCAGAAUGUUCAUAAAUAGUAUAACUGUACAUAUCAUUUUACAUGGGACACACCAAAGCAAAUGUUAUAUUGACGUUGUCCUGUUGCUUUUGUUACUCUGUGAGGACCACUAGGAAACAUACCCAUAAAUCAUACAGUAAAACUGUCAAGGUCAACGGUCCAUUAUUUUGUCAGAGUAAAAGUAUAUUAGUUUCAAUCAACUUAUGUAUAAAAAGAAAAAAGUAUAAAACAUAAGAUUUAAUUGUAUUUGUACAUAUUUGCACCAGAAUAACAAAAAUGUGAUUUUGCUCUGAGGGGAAAACCUGUUGGACCUGAGUGUCCUGUAGCACAUCAGGCCACCAUAGAGUUCUACUAAAUGUUACAAAGACUGUUACAUUUUAAAAUAGAGGAAUAAAAUAUUUUUCAGCAUUUUUCUCAUUAUCCUUCCAAACCCAUUGAGGGAAUCCAGGCAUCAGAAUGCAAGCCCCCUUUACUGGCCAUUAGCUACCUGGCUGAUGAACAACCCUUUAGUGCCUCUAUUUGCACACCCCAAGUGUCCUUGUCUGAACACUCUUAAUACAAUUCACCCCCACCCUCAGAUAGUGAAAAAUUAUUUGUAUUCAAAACAAUUUGGUGUAUUUGGUGUUAAGAGAGAUGCUGUGACUGUGAUAACAAAUCCACCCAUGUCAAAAUGGAUUUCUCCU